GGGCAGGUCCGGAGCCGAGGAGGUGGAGGAGGGGGGAGACCGAAGGAAAUGAGACAACCUUUUCCUCCCACUGACUCGGGCUCCUCCAGCGUCCGCGGGACUCCGCGCGGCAGUCCGUGAGCGCAGAGGCCGGGACCCCGCGUCCCCAGCCUAGUCCCGGUCCACCCUGACUGCCCCUCUGCGGGAUUUCCCUUCGACGUGCUGGUGCCAACCCAAGCCUGGGGCAGCGCGUUGGGGCGUCUUUCCCUUGGUGAUCGGUCCAGGUCCCCCUGCUCGGCCCCGCGCGCCCCGAGUGCAGCCCCCGGAAGUGCGCGCCGGCGGCCCCGGCUAAGAGACUGAGAAGUCAACUGGAGCCCACCAAGUCUUAAGACCUCUCUACUGGCUGAAACCAAUGUCAUCAGGGAUGAGUUGUUCUUACCAGAUACUUCUCUGUUCCUGACGUGCACCUGUACUCAGACAGAAGAGAAGAGAGGGAGAGUGGCCACACUGACUCAGCUGAAGCAUCUCCCGGGGUCUCCUCUGGAUGCCACACGAAGUUGCCCUUCAGCCGCAGCACGGAGCCACGGGGAGAUCACGGAGCACGUGGAGAUGGCUCUGCUCACCAACCUCCUAGCUGCCUAUGCCUUUGUGUCAGAAAAUCCUGAGCGGGCAGCACUGUACUUUGUCUCUGGCGUGUGCAUUGGACUGGUCCUGACGCUGGCUGCUUUGGUUAUGAGGAUCUCUUGCCACGCAGAUUGCCGGAGGCGUCCCCGGAAGAAGUUCCUGCAGGACCGAGAGAGCAGCUGCGACAGCAGCGACAGCGAGGACGGCAGCUCUGACACUGCGUCUGACCUCUCUGUGCGGAGACACCGCCGCUUCGAAAGGACUUUGAACAAGAACGUGUUCACCUCUGCAGAGGAGCUGGAGCGCGCCCAGCGGCUGGAGGAACGCGAACGCAUCAUCCGGGAGAUCUGGAUGAACGGCCAGCCCGAGGUGCCCGGGACCAGGAGCCUGAAUCGCUAUUACUAGAGCAGCGCAAGGGCCCCGGGAACUACUGGGAGGGUGGAAAUCUGCAGGGACUAUGGGCACAAGGAGCCUGUGGCUCUGCUAACAUUGUGGUGGCAGGAAAAUCGAACCGCGCAUUUCCUUGCCAAGUGGACCGACUUCUCCUUUACGACCUAGUCGCUGGAGAAGUGGAAAAACCAAGUGGGUUCACCAACCUUCCCAGGUCUUGGAAUGGUGCUGAAAAACCCUCUCCAACUACGUGGAUGGAGAUUGAGAAACGGGACCAUGGUUUCUCUUGAUUCUGAGGAUCUCAGAAGUUUCUGCAGACUUCAUUGCUCUGUGUUACUCCUUUGCAAAAGGAGAUGAUCGUAGCAAGGAGGCUGGGACUAGCAGGCUGAGUUUAACCCAGUGUAGGCAAUUUUCUAAAUGACUCCAUGCUAUGGAGGUGAUUCUGAUCCAGAGAGCAUGAUCCAUGCUUAUUAUUUAAGGCUGAUUUUUAAAAAUCUUGGUGUUGCAAUGGCAACCUGGUCCAUUUUAACUGGCACCUCAGGGAUUAAAAUCCUCUCUCUUAGUACAUUUCCCACCUCAUUCACGAAAGUGAGUAGAACUAUUGUAUUAUGAAAGAUGUGUCAGUGAACUAAAAGAUGUCAGUAACCUCACAGGAUGAAGGGUUCUAUUUUUAAAAGUUUAUAAAAUAUAUAUUGACAUGCAUCUUUGAAAAUGCUGCCUAAGAAUAAAAGUUGUGUGCUUUCCUCCCUCUGGAGAGAACGUCUUCUUGCGAUUUCAGAUAAUCAUGAUUUUGAACACUUUGUUUUAAAAAAGAAAACAAGUUUGGAUUUCCAAGGAAAGCAUGAAAACGGGAGGUGAAGAUUGAAGCCCAAAUUAAGAUGGGAUAACAAAAUAAACAUUACGUAACAUCUUU